AUGAAUCCUGAUGGACUGUCUUCCAUGUCCCCCUCCCCCAAACUGUUUUUAUUUUUCUCUAUUUUUACAUGUCGAUAUUUAAACGAAACCCCUCCAAAAAAACAGAUAAGAAACCAAAAAAAAAAAAAAAAUGAUCUAAAAGUGUUUCUUUGGUGUUAUAAAAACAGCACAUUUUUGAGUCCCUUCAAAACAAAUCUGGGAAUACAUGGAAACAUUUCAGGAGGUAAACAGCUCUCCAUGGGUCACCAUACAUUGGAAAGCUCCCAGCGAGCAUCUCACUUGAGUCAGAAUGUUUUCCCACCUGAUGUUUAUGGCACCCCUUUCUCGCAAUCUUGCUACCUGCCUGCAAUGACUGUCGCGGCUAUGGCCAUGAACCUACCCGAAAAGAUGCAAAAUGCUGGCAGUAGUGGUGGUUACGGGGGUGGGUCCAAUAACGAGAACUGUAGUGGGUACCACUCAAAAAGCUCUUCACACAAAGGUUCAUCCGGUGACGGUAACAGCAGUUGUGAUGGCAGGGGUGGCAGUGGAUGUGGUGAGGUCCCCUGUACCGGUCACUUGACUGCUGGGAAAUCUGCAUCCUACCACCACCCUCACCACCACAAUCAGCAGCAUUCAGGAUCAGGAGAUGGUGGUGGUUCUUCCACAGGCUCAGCAUCUGGAUCUGUGGGGAAAAAAUACAAUCAGUCCAGUAAAUCAGAUGCACAUUACCCACAAAACCUGACCCAUCAACAAGCCUUGAAUCAGCGACAGUUAAACCAACAGUCUUCAUCUUCCUCCUCCACACAGCAUGAGCAGCAGCAUCACCAACCCAAUAUGCAGGCUCACUAUACUCCAAAACAGACAUCGGCCAGAUUAAAACAACUUUUUUGCGACUACUGUGGCAAAGAGUUUGCCCAGGAAUACCUUAUGCUGAAUCACAGGCGUACCCAUACUGGGGAAAAGCCCUUCCCUUGUGAUAUCUGUGGCAAGCAUUUUGGACGUAAGGAUACAUUACAGCGGCAUCGGAGAAAUCAUAAUCCUGAGGCUGUUCCUGUGGCAAGACUGGAUGCGAGUAAUAAUGGGCUAUUGAAAGAGGGGAUUGGUGCUGGAAUUGAUCACGCCCACACAUUGCAGGGGACAAAUUCAAUCCCUGAGAAAGAGCAGAGAAUGAUGAGUGCACCACAUCAAGAUGGUAGCGUUGGGAAUAGUGUUUUUGUACGAGGAAAAGAGGGAGAAGUUGGGACAAUGGUAGUAAUGCCGUUCUCGCAUGGAAACCAGAAAGCCAAAGCUCCUAAGGAGCAAAGCCAUGAUAAUAUGCUCAAUUCUAUGAUAUCGACCGACAUUCCCAAAUCCACCAAGACAUAUCAGUGUGAUAUCUGUCUGAAGCCAUUUGCCCAACGUCACUAUCUGAGGAUCCAUCGACGCUCCCACACAGGCGAGAAACCAUACCAAUGUGAUUACUGCAUUCAGAAAUUUGCUCGUCGUGACACGCUUCUUAUUCACCGUCGGACACAGCACACUGGUGAACGUCCUCAUCACUGUGAGCUAUGUGGGGAGGCGUUCUUUCAUCGAGCACAGUUGCAAAUGCAUCGCCGCUCAAAACAUGUUUUAAAAGCAAGCAAUAGUAACAUAGCCCGAGGAAACAGUACAACAUCAGGGGAUGAUGGUGGUGGUGGUGGUGAUGAUGAUGAUGAAAGUGCGGGUGGGGUCAUCAGCGGAAAUCAUGUCGAAAGUAGCUUUACAAUGGGUGCAGUUAGUCCAAAUGCUGGCAUGAUGGUGUACCGAAAACGUUACCAGUGUGACUACUGCUACAAGCAGUUUGCUCAGUGUUACUACUUGCAAAUUCAUCGUCGGAUCCAUACUGGAGAGAAGCUGUUGCAGUGUGAUGUAUGCUUCAAGAAAUUCACCCAGCGGCAUUACCUUACCAUUCACAAGCGCACACACACCGGUGAGAAGCCGUUCCAGUGCGACUUCUGCAUUCAAAAGUUUGCACGCAAGACCACCUUGCAGAUCCACCGUCGAAUGCACACAGGCGAGCGUCCAUUCCAGUGCGAGGUAUGCCAGAAGCGGUUUGCGCAGCGUGACAAGCUGACUGUCCACCUGCGGACGCAUUCACCAAAGAAGCGCUACCGUUGUGAAAUUUGUUUCAAGUUGUUUGCGCAGCGUCACUACCUGCAGUUACACCACCGAUCCCACACUGGUGAGAAGCCGUUUCAGUGUGAGGUCUGCUAUAAGCGGUUCUCCCGCAAGAACUCCCUCCAGAUGCACCACCGAUCACACACUGGUGAGAAGCCAUUUCAGUGUGAGGUCUGCUUUAAGCGGUUUGCCCAGAGGCAAUACCUCCAACUGCAUAAGCGCACACAUACAGGGGAGAAAGCCUACCAAUGCGAGACAUGUGCCAAACAGUUUGCAAGGCGUGACACUUUACAACGUCACAUGCGUAUUCACACAAAACAUUUGUUGAAAUCUGGUAAAAGCAAUGAAGAAGAUAUUCCACCCAUGACCCCAUACAUGUGGUCGCUUUAG